UGGUAUGGAUUUCUUGCACCAUGUCUGGGACGGUGAGAGUAAAGCACAGGAUGUUAUGAUAGCCUGGAAGCAGGUUGGGUGUGGCAGUUGAACAAAAUACAAACAAAGCAUGUAAGGGUUUGUUAAAUCCUCAGAUUAUGGCUAUGUGAUUACAUAUUACAGUGUGAUGUAAUUGCUAGGUUUCUGGGCCUGGCAUGUUCUCUCUUGAGUAAAGCAACCUGACCUUAUUUUUAUUAGGAAGCAAGCAGAAGUGGCAGUGUUGCAUUCUGAGAAGUACAGAAUAACCACAUAUUCACAGCAAGGCUUCUGGGAGAUUUUGGAUACUCUUCAGACUGGAAAAUCAGCCCAUUAUUGAGGCUGAAGAAUGAUGUCUGCCUUCAGUAAACUCAAUUUGGGUGUUGCUGUUAGCAGUUUUGCUAUAUCUCAACUUCUCUUCCACGUGCUAAGUUCUUGGAUUUCUGCACGUGUAACUUCUGGUUUUAGCAGUCUUGACCAAAAGAAGAAGAUCGAAUGGAAUUCAAGGACGGUAUCAUCAUUCCAUGCCUUGUUGGUUGGAGUAUUUUGUUUGUAUAUUUUAAUGUACGAUGAAGCUGUAAAUGCUGACCAUGUUUGGGGUGAGCCUUCUACAGUGCAACUAAACCUUGCUAUUACUUCAGGCUACCUCAUUUCUGAUUUGUUGCUUAUUAUUUUCUACUGGAAUGCGAUUGGGGAUAUAUAUUUUGUAAUUCACCAUUUAGUAGCUCUGUAUGCUUACUACUUUGUACUGGAAAGAGGACUGUUGGCAUACUUUGCUAAUUUUCGUCUGCUUGCAGAAAUAUCUACCCCUUUUGUGAAUCAGCGAUGGUUCUAUGAAGUACUGGGGUAUUCCAAGGCAUCAAAAUCCAACAUCAUCAACGGACUACUAAUGACAAUCACAUUUUUCCUGGGGAGGAUCAUAGUCAUCCCAAUUUAUUAUGCCAAGGUUGCUGCUGAGGUAGGAACAGAAGCUUUCGACAGAUUAGGACUUGCAGCUCAAAGCGCCUGGUUUAUCUCCAGCAUUAUCUUGGACAUCAUGAACUUAAAGUGGAUGGUCAGAAUCACAAAGGGAUGUUACAAAGUUAUUUGUCUUAUUGGACAUGGAGAAGCCAAAGCUAAUAAGAAUGGCAAAUAUAACUAGAAGAUUUUUAAUGCAACAACCAUCUAUAACGGGAACUUGAAAGAACAAUGCACACUUUUGCCAUAAAAAACUCCUGUUAAGGGAAAAAAGGUAUUACCUCUGUUCAAUGUAGCCUUCCUCUUGGCGCACUGCCUGGGCACCCAGGGCCACUUCAUUUGAAGACUUGUAUUACAUGGAAUGGGAAACAGUAACAUGCUGCAUAUACAACCUUGGUAGUGUGUUCUAAGCACUUAAUAGACAAACGAACCUGUAAAGGAACAAACUUUUCUAGCAGUACGUUCCUAUGAAUUCUCACUCAGGUUUCUUAGACUAAUGUGUUUUUAAUGCCUGUGAAUGUCAGGAUCUUUGGUUUACAUUCUGCUAAUAUGGCAACUUUCCUGGCAUGUUUCUCUGCUUUCUUAAUGUAUGGUGUUCAUAACUGAGGUUUCAUCUUUUGACAACUUUUUUACAUUUUUGCGAGAAUUUUGCUUUGAAUCUAUAAUCUUUUACUACGUUUUCUGCUGCCUUGUAUGCAUGCACAUGAUCUUUUCUAAUUUAUAGAACAGUUUUACAUAAACACAUACCAUAGAGUUUAGGGGUUCUUUUUCUUUUAAAUCAAUUACUUGUAUUGAUUCUUUCUGUACAUAAAGGAAAUCUGCAGGCCCCUGCCCCCCAGGUUUUUGUUUUUUUUAAAUAUAUGUGAAUUCUAGUACAUGCUUGCAUGGUAAACAGUAUGGACAUUAGCAAAUUCUUGCACCAGUGUUCCUUCUCUAUCAUGGCUGUUGGAACCUAUCUAUGUUUUUAGUGUAGUGUCAUAUAACAAAAGGAUUUUUGUGGGGUGUGAACUACAGCACUGAAGCAGGAAAAAACUAACGAGUCUAGAACAUGUGAAUCUGUCCCAAGAACUAUUGUGCUUGUUAAGUUUAAAUUGUAGCUAAUGCAUUCAUUUUCACUGACAUUCUUAUCGCUCUCUUUUUUCUUUAAAGCAAGUUAAAAAAACAUUGCUUUACUAAGUUGGAAAACCCUAUUUAAAAAUAUAUAUACAGUAAAUGCAUUUUAUUAUUUUCAACUUCGGAGCAGUUCUACAAAACUGAUAGGUUGAUAGUUUCUCUCUAAUGAUAGAAACUUCUUUCUUCAAGUGGCUUAGCUCUCAACAUAAUUGCAAGAGCAUGUUGCUGAUGAAUACUAUGUAAAAAGGAAACACAAGAACAGAUAAUGGUAAUCUAUUUGUUUGCAUUAAUUUUACAAAUGUUCUCUGCUAUAGUGGCCUCCACUUUUAUGGUGUAUUAUAUUCUUGUGUUGAUCAACUAGUCAGUUGACAGGUCUUUGUCUGAUUGUUAUGGAUACCAUGUGUCAUAAUUUGCUAAUAAGGUUGUGUUCAUUUUCAUGUUUGUGAUGCAAAUAUGCAGGAGUAUUGUAGAGAACAAGCUGUUUUCCUGUCCCUUUGUUUGUCCCUUUCAUGGUCCCUAAAGUGUUAGUUCUUCCAAUAUUUAUUUGUUAACAAAGCCUGGUGCAAAAGGUUAUUUGUCUUACAUAACAAAUAAUAGCCUGUGGUUACUAGUUAGUAUAGGUUUUAAAAAGUGAGUUAUUACAACAUGCAAAUCCCCCUUUUCUUAGAGUGCUUCUAACUCCUUAUAGCUUGCUAAAUGUUGUUGGAUUCAUAAGAUUAUGACUGCUCUCAAAGGUCUUUUAAAUUGCAUUUUAAGUGUCAUGACAAUCAAGACAGUUUGGAUCUGUUCUUCAUAUUAGUGUUAUAAUAUUUUGUAUAUUUAAUAUAAACACAGAGGCCCUGUUCAGAUACUCAUGUUCAUCCAUUGAUAACUGUAACUUAAGUGUUGACUUGCAUUUGUGAAAUAUCAUUGUAGACACCGUGAAUAAGAGGGAUAGAAAUUUCCUGUCACCUCAAAUGUAAUGUUUGUCCAUGGUGGCACUUUACACAUUCAGCCUAGGCUCCAAAUUAUGAGAGAUCAAGUGAUAUCUGAGCAUGUGUCAUUCUCUUUCCUGGAGGCUUUUUUGAGUGUCUGGAUAAGAAGCCUAGAAAUUCAAAUCAUAAAUAUAUUCAAUUUUUCCUGGUAGAAACAGAAAGUUGCUAACAAACAUAUUUUAGAAAAGACAGCUGUUAGGUGCAAGCAGUAACAAUAUUGGGUGCUGUUUAAUCCUUCUAAUUUGAUUUGCCUCUUUUGAUUGUAAACUGCCUUCUUUUAACACAUUUGUUAACCAUUACUUAGCUACUUUGGGUUAUCCCUGAAACAAAAUUGAACACAUUUUAACUUUCUAAAUUAAAAACUUUUGAAAUAGCAAUCCAAUAUUAUGUGUUAGAAGAAAUCAUCCACUUAUGCAGAAUAAUGGAAGUAGCUUUGAAAGCUCUUCUUGCUUGUAGACAAACUUAUCCUCAGAUUGCUGGUUCAAUGAAGUGUUACCCACUAAGCUUUUCAAGGAACUACACAUACUGUUCUUACUCAUUUCAAAUGUAGCUAUUAAGCAGGACCCAGCAACUUCUUAAGCCAGGUUGGUAUGCUUUCCAUCCCCCACCCAGCAGCCAUAGCAGAGUGGUAUCUCCACAGUGCUACAAUCACCUGGAAAUAGUGAAGGUGCUCGUCUUCAUGUCCUUAUCCCACAUUUCUCUGGGAUUGCGAAAAUAACCCAGUUACAAAUUGAAGCACAGUUGCUUAUAGGGAAGUAGCGGGAUCCUACUGAACUGCAAAGAUCCAUGUCCUUGAACUUGGCAGCUGGCUGACCACUGUCCCUUAACCAGACUCAGGAUUUUUAAAUAUAUCUAUUCUUGCCCAAUGAGUAGGCCAGCCCUAAUUUGCUGUUGAUUUUUCUGGGUUAUAGAUACAGGUAGGUAGCCGUGUUGGUCUGCCGUAGUCGAAACAAAACUAAAAAAAAUCCUUCCAGUAGCAUCUUAGAGACCAACUAAGUUUGUUAUUGGUAUGAGCUUUCGUGUGCAUGCACACUUCUUCAGAUUUUUCUGGGGGUAGGGGAAGGAACUUCAGUAGUUGCCCAAACAGUGUCAUGUAGCAGAUUGUGCUUGCAGAAGACCACUGUUUAUAUAUGUUGCAAAUCACUUCAAAUAACACUUGCUUUGGGCUGGAAAAGUACCCUUCAAAAUAUUUUAUCAGUAUUGUUUGCAAUUACUCUGUAAUAGUGAAUCACAAUUGUGCUUAUGCAUAGUUUCUUUUCCAUUAAAGUUGCAAUCCUGUAUUUACAUAUACAGUAGGUUCCACUGAACUAAGUGGCCCUUGCUUCUAAGUAGACAUACAUAGAAUUGCACUUUAAUAUAUUUUGGCUGUGUUGUGCUUUACAUAUUUUGGAAUUUAAAAUAACUUAAUUUUUCUGGGCAGAUGUGGUAUUGUGGUAUCUUAUCAGAAAGUACAAGAUGCAUAAUUGGAGAGUCCUCUUAAUUUCACUACUUAUUUAUUACAGUUAUACAUAAAUCUUUUAAGCUGCUUUUUGAUCCAGAUAUGCAAUCAUUGUGUAGUCUUAUUUCUUUGUUUGGAUUUAAGUUUCCUUAUACAGUAUAUGCUAUAGCAUGGAGUUGGAAAACUGAGGCACUGAGCAGCUUCUGUCAUUAUCCAUUAUUGUAUAUAGAUCACUCUAUAAUGCCAUCUUCCUUUCCUAAUGCUAAAAUAUGUAUCUUGGAUCAAAUGGGUUGGAUCCAGAAGAAAUCGGUUGCUACUGAUUUAAUUGAGACUGAAGUUUAACUCACUUAACCUGGAUUCAACUCGAUUGUGUUUUACAACACUGUCAUGUACAGCUGGGAAACUUUUACACUCUCAGAAAAGGAGUGGGGGGGGGGAGUGGGGGAGUAAUACCGUAGAUCAGGGCCAAAUAAUGAUUAUUGAGUUGUAUUUGUCCUUCAACAUUAUUUAUUUUUCUCCAACAUGAUAAUUCUUAUGGAGAAAGUUGGUUUUCCUGACUGCACAUAUAUUUGAUGUCUGCAAAAGAGAAAGAUGGCAUGAGGAUGGUGAAGCCAGGUUCAGUGGAAGCAAGUGCCUCCUUUAUUACUUUUCCAUCUACUCUAAGCCUGGUGGCUUGCAUCUGUGUCCUUAGGACAUUCCUUUAUCCUCUGAGAUAACAGCCAGGAAUAUUCCAGCAACUCCGUAUGUGUUGCUUGAUGGAUGGUGAGAGUGGGGGUACGGCUUUCCAAACUUAGAAAGCUGACUUUCCCUGCUGUGGGUAAAGGUAAAAAAUACCCUAUUGCCUCUUUUAAAAUAUGCUAGCAUUUAUAAAUCACAUUUUAAAGUCUAGCAAGUAACUUACUCAAAACAUUGAUGUGGCCUAAUGUGUUGUAACUUAAAGGUUGUUGGUUUUUUAAGUCAUUAUUUCCUUGUUUAAAAUAUGGGUUAGAAGUUAAACCCAAUUUCUUUAAGGUUAUCAUCUCCAUUUAUCUUGGGAGACAUAUGAGUAGAAAAGGGCAUCUAUACACCCUAUAGCUGCUCUGAGAGAAGAAUUACUAGCAGGAAGCCAAGAUCACAGCACCCUCUUAUGUGAGGGUCCUCCUAUUAAAUAAGCUUUGGAUUCAAGCCCUUUUUAUGUAGUACAGAUUCCUUUGAGCUUUACUAUUAAUGCAUUCUGAUACUGUCCCCCAAAAUAUUUGGAGAAAUAAUACUGUGAGAGUUAAUGCACCGUGUAAUGAAAAUAGUAGUUCAGUAUGCAGAAAUAAUGAAAGGUAAUGUUACAGAAGCAGGGGAAGAUUUUUUUGCUACACAGCAGAAACUGUUAAUCAAGGCCAGUUGAUUAAACAUCCGAAGAACAUGUGUGGCGUAGGGGCUUUGCAUUUGUUUCUGGGGCUGGGGACCCCAUGCCACAUUGCUGCUUUUAAAACUCAGAUGAGUUUUUAAAAAGUUAUUUGUGAACAUUUUGCUUGCCAUUUUGAAAAAAGAAAAAUGAAACUUCAUACAUGUGUGCAAAUCCUAAAGUAAAUUGUUUGGAUCUUGGUGAAUUAGGCUGCAAUCCUAUACUCACUUACUUUGGGAUAAGUUCCAUUUAAAUCAAUGGGACUUGCCUUUGAGCAGGCAUGUAUAGGGUUGUGCUGCUAACUGCUUUGAAAAUCCUUUGAAAUACUUACUUAAAAUAUGCCCUUUUGAUGUCCUGCUUGAACAAUUUUAAACCCCAAGAUGGAAUAAUAAAUAUAUUCUCUCAUACCUGGUUGAAGGUGAGUUUUGUUAUUUUGUACUAUAAUUAAAAUCAUGUAUGCUAGCAGCACCAUCUUCUUUAACCCUGCAAGGCAAAUGAGCCUGAUGGGAAAACAGAGAUCAUUUUAUAUUCAUACUACUAAUCCAGUAAUAGCCUACAAAUCAUGCCUGGGGUAACACUGGCAUUAUGAAGUAGACCCUUAUGCUAGUGAGUUCCAAAAUACAGAAAGUGAGAAUAUAUGUAAUGUAUACCUAUGCUUUUGACUAAUAUUGUGGUUCCCCCCUUUUAUUAGACAUAUCUCUGAGUAAUCAAACUGUGGGUCAAAUUAGGCAUAAUAUGAAAGCUCCAUGACUUUAAUUCCUGACAUUUUCUUUUUUUAAAAAAGGCAGAAGCAGAAACACUGAUCUGGAUUGAGCAAGGCAGGGGAGUUAACCUGUUUUGCCUGUCCAAAUUUCUGCUGAAUAUGAUCUCACACACGCCCCACAACUGUUUGCCCCAGCAUAUGGAAAAAAAAUACAAGGGGUGAUGUUUCUGAAAGUUCUUUAUUGUUAAGUUGCAGCAAAUAUGUUCAGAGCCAGUGAUUUCCAGCAGGGAAAUACCAUGAGGGCAGGUUAUAACACCAGCACCACCACCACUGUCUAUUUUGGAUCAGCCCCCCCCCCCCCCGGUCCGGCCACAACUGAUUUUUUUUAAGAAACAGGUUUUUGAAGUUCUAGCCAUAGAACUCCAGCAUCUCACCUAGUUUGACCCUCUUCCUGACAAGAACAUGUUUGUGGGAUUGUGUCUGUCAGUUAUGAAAUCAUAAGAGUUGUAUCAAAUUGUGUCUUGGAACAGUCUUUGAUCCAGCAAAGUUUCUUUGAGAACAAAAAGUGGUGGAGGAGAGGUGAUUUUUGCAAAUUACAACAUUCUCCUGCAGCUCAGCUUGGAACUCCAAGAGGAAAUGGGAAAAUUGCCCCACCCCUUUUCUGACCCUGGAAGCAUCGUCUGGAUCAAAGAGCCUUCUUGCAGCAGAGGGACACAAUCUGAUACAAUCUGUAAAUAUUUACCACAAACUGAAGCAGAUGUAUAGUUAAUGUAUUGUGUACUGCAGAAUAUAUUUUUAAAAAAGCAGUUGCUACUGGUGCCCAAAUUCUGAAGGAAAGUGUUCAGAAAUCUGGUUCAAAUAAAUAGGUCACAUUAUUUUGAAGUUCAUUUAAAUGCUUUUUAAAAAUACAAGAACCAAAUUUCUGUAUCAGUUUUCACAGAUGUUUUUUCCCAAUUACACUACUGAAAUAAGUAUAAUGAGAUGCAUUGCUGAGUUGUAAAUCCAUGCUGGAAAAGGGGUGCAAUAGAAUCUAUGAUAUGGGGCCUUAUUAAAUCAUAGCACAAUGUUUGAUAAAGGCAGCACUGAAAAGUCCCUUACAGGGAUGGAAUAAAGAUGAUGGGCUAUGAAUCCUAUUGCACUACAUUGAAAGCCUGCAAUAUUCUUGAUUUAAUAGCCCCAUAAUGAUAAUGGCACAAAAGAGUGAGAUAGCACUAUUGACUUUAUAGGGUGGUCAAACAAUUUGUGAACUUUAACAUUUGCUUGAAUAUUUUUAAAUGUUGCUUGUGAUAGGCGUAUGAGUUUGCUCUUCAGUGGUAUUUGAAAGCCUUGCUGUUUGUGUAAAUUUGUGUAGGCUGCUCAUGUUUGAGGUAUAUGCAAUAAUGUCUAAGCAAUAAGUUGCAUGUGUAUUCAAGGCACUGGUAAAUAAGAAUAAAGGAAGAGAAUGCAGUAUUUCUUGGAAUUUCUUCAUUCAAAUUGUGUGUACUAUGUUAACUAAAACAGCCUACUCCUGUUAUGAUGAACAGGAUUGACUUGGCACUCAUUGCCAGCUUCUGAAUAUAGCUACUUUAUAAAAAGGCUUAUUUCCUGUGGGAAAGGAGUAGCCAGAAUUUUCUUCUGCGAACAAUUUUUAAAAUUAUUGUAUAUACAAGCCUAACACACUGUGAGGUAGAAUGAGAUGGCUGCCUCGUGUGGCAGAAAUAAGACACUAUCAAAAAGUAAUAGCAAUCAGCUAAGUAGAUUUUUUAUAGUGAAGUGUGAAAAGUUAUCUUCUGUAUUGUGAUAUGCUCUUACAACCAAAUAUAAUACAUUUGGUUACAUAAACAUGAUCAUUGUGGACCCACAACAAGAGUUGCUGUGUAUCAAUGCCCCUCCAACAAAUCUGGAACAGGAAUCUUGUAGUGCUGCUUGGAACAUGGGGGUGGGGGUAAGGGGUGAGGAAAGGGUGAAAUGGGUCAUUUUCUGUAUAUUUCUCCUGAAAUGUUUUUCUGUUGUGCUAUAGCACUAAAGUGGUUGGGUUUGCUGUACAGUGGUAAUGAGAAGAUUUCUGAAAAGUGAAAAUGAUUUCCGUUCCCAUUCCUCUCCUGUGAAACCUCACUAUACCGUGUGAGACCUUUUUCCUUAUAGCAGUGAUUAAGUGUGUCAUCAGAUAUCCUUUCUUCUUGCUGAUUUUGUGAAAGAUGAGAGGUCUGGGAUGUGUGUCCAAAGGCUCUGGAAAGAAGAUCUUUAAUAUCAAACAAGUUGUUUUGGGGUUUGUUUGUUUUUUAAUGUGAUGUUAUGCCCAUAGUGUGCACAACCUCAGAAUUGCACAUGUAUGGUACUUUUUUGUCUUAAUAAGUCUGCCAAUUUGAUUUUGUGUGUGUGCCAUUUUGAGUUCAAAGUCAGAAUACACUGAAUACUCAACAGUUGUUUCCUCCCAUCUAUUAAGACUGGCAUGCAUAUAUAUAUAUAUAUAUAUAUAUAUAAUUGUAUGUGAAGUAUUUUUAUCCUUCUUUUGGGGAUGGUUUCCAUUGCAUCUAACAAUAAAGAAUAUAACAGCAACAAUAAAUUAAAAUCCAUUCACGGAACUAAAAUAAUUACAACAAAACAGCAACACUGAAAGCAGAGAACUUUAGUAAGGGCAUUGAAUUUAUAAGCAGAAAUCCAGGUUAAAACUUCAUUCAUAAAAAGUGCUUGCAAAAAACGAAGCAGAGUCAUCCAGGUGUCCUUUAGGAACUAAUUUUACAACUAAGAAAGUUGUAUCUGUUGACUUCAGAAGGCAGGACACCUUGUGCAGGCCUGACCUAAGUGGUUGUUCCCUCAGUGUGCAGUGUUCAUAAUUUUUAUAUCAUUUCUGGUUGUUGUGCCACUCCAUUAUUCUACAUCUGUAGAUUUCAAAUGUUUGCAGAACCUUCUUCCAUAUUUACUUGUUUAUUGAUGAAUUGUUGUGUGACUUCCACACAACCCCUGUGCCUCUUGCAAUCAGUUCCUGGGAAUGUUUGAGCCACGUACAUUGUUCAUGUGGGAUGCUAGUCAAGCCUGUUGAGUAUCAUUAACAUACCUUGCAUGAACUGAGGAUGUAAUUCAGUAGGCAGAGCCAUUAUUCCCUCUGCAGCUGCUUCUACUUGCAAAGUUAGUAGCGGUAGGCAAUCUUGUCAUUUUGUCUACUCAUUUGAACAGUCUUAAUAGCAGCACUAUAGUUCCGUGUGGACAUAAUAAAGCAAUACAAUAAUA